CUCAGGUAUUUCCCCUACCUUAUUCUGCAACAGGCUCAUCCAUUCCCAAACGUACAAGGCACUGCUCACGAUGGGUCUCCAACGCGAGACGGCAGCCAGGGCCACAACUGCUGUUUAUACACGGAUCAUUUUUGCCGUCAUCCUUGAGUACAUUUUCUUCGAGUUUACCCCCAACUCGUGGUCAGCCACUGGCAUUGCGAUCAUCGUAACGGCUGCGAUAUACGUUGCGUUGUCGAAGCACAAGGACACAAAGGAACCUAUUAUAGAUGAAGCAGAGCCUAUAGUGGCGCGUAGAGUGUAGAAGAUAAUCUGUGCCGACGGCUCGACGUCGAAGAACAACAGCGCUCUACUAAUAGCAUAAGUAUACGGACAAUCAUAUGUACCUCUAAUCUAGAGAAUUCAGCGGUAGUGGCAAGGUUUCACUUGCACCAUCAACCUUCGGUG